AUGCUUUUCGACGACAACGAUCUUGUUAUUGAGGAAAAAGCUUUAUCAGACGUUUCGGAAUUUAAUCAAAAUUCUAAAGAGUAUUUGUCAUCAUCGAAGAGAGAAGAAAACGAUUGCGAAGAACACUGGCCAAUAGAUUUGCCAGUGUAUGGUAAUAUCAAUAAACCCAGACCCUGUUAUAGAAUUUCUUCAUCCCUUAAUCAAUGGAGCGAGAACGAUAAGAUAAAUGACGAUAAAACUACCGAUGACAAGAGCGUACACUGUCCAUUACUUUUACAAAAGCACGCUGACGAAAACGUUCCAGAAGGUUACUUUUUACGAAGAAAUUGGAAAUUUCCGCAACCAUACGAUAGGGAAUGGGAUGAUAAUAAUGAAAAUAAAAAAAAGAAAGCGGUGCAUAAAAUCCCUGACCAGUUUUCACAAUUUAGCAAGAAAUUUAGACACAAGCUUUUGGAAAACACGCCGAUUAAUGACUUCAAAACCGAAAACAAUUACUUACAUACCGAUAAACUACAAAAACCUCUUGGCUCUUCUAAAGAUAGUAACGAAAGCAAUGUUUGUAAAAAUAAUCGGUGCGAUAACAAGGCAGAAAUUGAUAGAAACAAAAGCUGCGACAGAGUGAUGCAGCAGAACAUGCCUGAAGGAUAUUAUUUAAAAAUGAGGUUUGGAGAUUUUGGUUAUCGCCAUAGAUGUGGAUAUGGCACCGACGAUGAUGAUGAUUAG